AUGAGCGAAAACGGCGAUGUUUUAAUGAGUAAACAUGAAAACAACGAAGAGAGCAUCCCUGUUGAUCAGAGGUCAAUAAAAGUCACCAUUAGCUCGAAUCUCGAUCCGAUUGUGUUUGAAAUUGCCGGAGAUGACAACGUCGAUUUCAUCAAACAAAAUAUUCUCGCCGAGCUUGAGAAACGGGGCAGGCCGCAGAAAGCCUCGGACUUGAUUUUGAUCAAAGAUGAUGAAGUCCUGGAUAAUGGAGCGGAAGAAAUUCACUUUUUGACGAAUGGCGAGACGGAGCUCAAACUUGAUCUCAAAUUCCCACAUCGUUUGAAACGCCAGCGAUCGUCUGCUGAAAUGAAUGAAAUAAGAAAGCGAAACGCUUUGACGUCAAAAACCCUUCUACGAAAUUGCAUCCUUUUGCAGAAAAAUUUCAAUGCAUGCAUAGAAUCAAGCGUGAAAAACAUGGAUCCAAAAGAUCGAGCGCUCAUAGAAAACGACGGAUACGAAGACAAAGAGGAACCAACUGGCUGCGAUCUUGGAGAAAUGACACUAGAAUUGGCAAAUUCGAUGCGAUCAUGGACAUUUCAGCUCGAAAAAAUGGGAAAGAUUCUUACUACAAUCGAUUCUGUGAAAGAUUCCCGCGAAGCAUAUGAAAAUGAAUAUGUGCGUCGACUAAUUCAGAAUAACAUGGAUGCCAUGCGCUUUUUGUACCCCCUCUCAGAGCAGUUCACACACUUCGUCGUCCCACUUGGAGACGAGCCACCGAGAAAAUUGUCCGUUCUGCCAGAUAUCGUAAAAGAUUCGCUCAAAAAUGAUUAG